AUGAGGUCAGAAGGGCCCCAUGGGGGCCCCAGGGGUACCCCCCGUGCGAACCAUUCUUGUAUUAGAAAAGGUGGAACGCACGAAACGGCAGAGACAGAAGCAGCAGCAGCGGCAGCACCUCCUGCUCUUGCGGAGACACUCCCACAGCGCCUGGUACUUAACCAGCAACCGACGCGUUUCCCGGCUGGCGCAAAAAAUACUGCCGCACGGCUCAGCAGCAAAACUUGCAGCAGCAACAGUGUUUCCGCGUACAACCACGAGAGUUCCUUCUUGCGGCGCCCUUUACUCAGCAGCAGCAGCAGUAUCAACAGCAGCAGCAGCAGCAGUAUCAACAGCAGCAGCAGCGGCAGUAUCAACAGCAGCGGCAGUAUCAACAGCAGCAGCAGUAUCGACAGCAGCCGGCAGCUCGUGCAGCAACAGCAGCAGCAGCUCAUGCAGCAGCAGCAGGAUCAGAUGGUGAUGUUGCACAGCGAACUGCACCAGCAUUGCCGGGAGUCGCUAAUGCUGUUUGUACUUUUGCUUGUAUGGAGUUUUAUGCGUUCUGGUGAGCCUAUUGACUUUUUCAGUUGCUGUUACUUACUUUUGGUGCUGCUGCAUAGCCUCUCUGGCCACGCCUUCUUGUACGGCAGCAGCAGCAGCACCUGCGGAAGCAAGCGGGUUUUACUGUAUCUGCUUGUGGGGUGCAAUGCGGUGCUUUUGGCAGCCUCGGCCCCUGCAACUUUUGCAUUUUUGUUUAGUGUUGCGCCACCUCUGACGCAGCAGCAGCAGCUGAUGCUGCUGCAACUGCAGCAACAGCAGCCUCCGCAUUCGACUCCGAAGGCUGAGGAGGCCUCCCCCAAGCAAGGGGAGCAGCCGGAGUCGCAGCAGAAACAGCAGAAGCAAAAGCAGAAGCAAAAGCAGCAGCAAAAGCAGCAGCAAGAGCAGAAACAGCAGAAGCAAAAGCAGAAGCAUCAGAAGCAGUGAAAGCAGAAGCAUCAGAAGCAAGAGCAGAAACAGCAGCAGCAAAAGCAGGCACCUGCUGCAUGGGCUGUGACUCGAAUUGCUGAAAAGACAGCAGCCGCUGCAGCGACUUCAGCUGGAGGUUCUGGCAUUGAAGGCGCAGGGGGGGCUAGGGGGAAAGACGUCGCUCUCCGGAGAGACUCUGCUGCAGUUCGAGACGCUGUAGCCGAUACGGCAGCAGCCCGCGACGCGCCCGUCUUGACAGCAGCUGCCGCGGAAAUUCAGCCUGCUGCAGCCUCCCUUGUGAUCUCUGGAAACUCUCCGUCUGCUGCUCCCGGUGCUUCCGCUGCAUUUGUCGAUCCCCUUGCAAAGUCGAGCGUUCUUGGACCAGCCGAUGUUGCCGCUGCGGCCUAUAGGCGGCCAGUGUCUUCGGAGUCAGGAGCUGCUGCUGGGGCAGCAGGGGCAAGCGAGGGUAGGAAGUGGAGUUGUGAGAAGUUAUGCGCGCGACCAGGAGGGGCCUUGACCAGUACAGACACCGCACCGCACCCGGAGCCUCAACUCAAGAGAAACUUCGCAAGGCGCUCCCGUCUCUCCGAGCCGCAACUCGCCUCUAAACCUAAAGGCUUCAGUGCAGAGCAGGCCGAGCCACUCGGAAAAAGCCUAAACGGCACUGCGUUCAUGAAGCCACCAAAGAAAGUCUGCUAG